CCCGCUUAUCCUCUCUCUCUCUCUUCUCCUGUCCUUUUCAACCAAAACCCANAAACAAAAAAAAAAAAAAAAAAAAAAAUGUAAACCUUUACCAACUUUAUUCUGGUUUCGUCUUUUCUUCUCCGAUCUCUUCUGGGUAUUUGCUCAAUCCCUCAAAGAUUCUCCCUUUCGCCUUUAAAUCGUCUCUGCUGUCUUAUUCCCAAAGACGGCUUUGUAAUCUCUUUCGCAAUUCGUCAUCAUCAUCUAUUGCAAAGGUUUCGAUUUCGACCAUGGAAACAACGACUCUCGUUCCCAACGACACCACCGUUAUGGCUGCUACAGAGCCUCAAAGGACUUACCAAGUUGUGGUUGCUGCGACUAAAGAAAUGGGUAUUGGUAAAGAUGGUAAAUUGCCAUGGAAUUUGCCUACGGAUCUCAAGUUCUUCAAGGACAUCACUCUAACUACGUCUGACUCCUCUAAGAAAAAUGCUGUUGUGAUGGGUAGAAAGACUUGGGAGUCUAUUCCAACUAAGCAUAGGCCGCUUUCGGGUCGCCUUAACGUUGUUCUGACUCGCUCUGGUGGGUUUGAUAUUGCCAAUACUGAGAAUGUUGUCACUUGCAGUAGUGUAGAUUCUGCUCUUGAUUUGUUAGCUUUACCGCCGUAUUGUUUGUCUAUUGAGAGGGUGUUUGUUAUAGGAGGUGGUGACAUAUUGAGGGAAGCAUUGAACAGGCCUAGUUGUGAUGCGAUCCAUUUAACUGAGAUUGAUACUAGUAUUGACUGUGAUACGUUUAUACCUGGGAUUGAUACUUCUGUUUAUCAGCCUUGGUAUUCGUCGUUUCCUGUUGCUGAAAAUGGACUGAGGUUUUGUUUCACGAGUUUUGUUCGUGUGAAAAGUUCUGCUGAUGAAUCCUCUGAUGAAAGAAAUGACUCACAGUCUCUUCAGUUUGAUGGGAAGAAGUUUUCAUUUCUUCCUAAGAUGGUUUUUGAUCAGCAUGAGGAGUUCUUGUAUUUGAAUAUGGUUCAAGAUAUCAUCUCUAAUGGCAACGUAAAGAAUGAUAGGACCGGGACUGGUACAUUAUCAAAAUUUGGUUGCCAGAUGAAAUUCAAUUUACGCAGAAGUUUUCCACUUCUGACAACAAAGAGAGUUUUCUGGAGAGGUGUUGUUGAGGAACUUUUAUGGUUUAUAAGCGGUUCAACCAGUGCAAAGGUCCUUCAGGAGAAAGGUAUCCAUAUAUGGGAUGGGAAUGCGUCCAGAGAGUAUCUUGAUGGUCUCGGUCUGAAAGAGAGAGAGGAAGGCGACCUUGGACCUGUAUAUGGAUUUCAAUGGAGACACUUUGGUGCUAAGUACACAGAUAUGCAUGCUGAUUAUACCGGUCAAGGAUUUGAUCAACUCUUAGAUAUAAUUGACAAAAUCAAGAACAAUCCUGAUGAUCGACGUAUCAUAAUGUCAGCUUGGAAUCCUUCUGAUCUCAAGAUGAUGGCACUUCCUCCAUGCCAUAUGUUUGCACAGUUCUAUGUGGCAGAAGGGGAACUCUCGUGUCAAAUGUAUCAGCGUUCAGCAGACAUGGGCCUUGGUGUGCCCUUUAACAUUGCGUCCUACUCUCUUCUUACUUGCAUGCUCGCUCGCGUGUGCAAUCUUGUUCCUGGUGAUUUUAUCCAUGUUAUAGGGGAUGCUCAUGUGUACAGAACUCAUGUGAGGGCUCUGCAAGAGCAACUUCAGAAUCCACCAAAACCUUUUCCAGUUUUGAAGAUAAACCCAGAGAAGAAGCAAAUUGAUUCUUUUGUCGCUGCUGACUUUGACCUCAUAGGAUAUGAUCCUCACAAGAAGAUAGAGAUGAAAAUGGCGGUUUAGUGCUUAUCUCUUACUGGGAUACAACCAAAAGAGGAGACUACUAAUUUACAGAAAGCUUCUCUUUUUUUUUUUCUGUACUCUGGGGGAUGUAAAAUUUAAGAUUAAAUCAGCUGAAUGACCCUCAAUGUCUCGACUCAAAUACCCUUUUGUGGGUGAUAUAACUUAACACUAAAAUUUGUUGGAAUCCUUUAGUUCCACAGGGUUCUAAGGUGAUUUAGGAGUUUGUACUUCAGAAUCAUACUAUUUUUCUUGAUUUGGGUUUCCUAUUCAAACUAUCGAAUGAGACUUGGUUUGAUUUGGAA